UAUUGCCUGGGUUUAUUUGGCACAAUCACUUGGCAAUGUCUUAUCUUGUACCUGCUUUGAUACAGCUCAAUCGAAAGAAGAUUCCGUGGCUGUCUCUUCUUCCAAGAAGGAAUAAUAAACGUUGAUCAUUAACCAACGAAAUUACAUCCCUUACUGGAAUCUGCCUCACUUAAAUGUACUUAAGUCCUUUCCCAGCCGAGGCUUCCCAGCAGAAUUGGGGGGGGGGGGGAGGCCCUCCAGUAGACUGACAACAGUGCAGAAGCCACAUCAUUUUAUUGUCCCAGAAAAAGACCUACCUCCCCUGACAUUAAGGACAGAGUCCAGACAAAUAAACAGUUUCCAUGGAAAGACUGUGGGAAUUGCUAUUCAGGUUCCCAAGCAGAGGGGACGACGGAACGGACAACUAGAACAUCCUUGGCAACUUCUACAGUCACUCUGGUUCUCUUCGCUCUGCUCUCCAUCGCUCUUCUCCCUAAAUAGAAGCCCUCUCCUACCUCUCUCCACAGCUGCCUUCUGUAUUUCCAUCCCAACCUCCUUGAACUUCGGAAAUUAGUGUCCGGGUAUCCAGUCGGUCCUCUGAAAGACCCUCACGAGGCUGUUGCCCCUGUCACCACUCAGCACUAGGUGUUGGGCGAAGAAAGGUUGGUUAGCCGGAAGUGACAGCCCAGCUCCCGGGUCACAUGCCAUCUAGAGCUGCCUCUUGUUGGAGAAGGUGCGGUCGCCCCGGGUGCCCGGCGACUCAAACCCGGUCAGUCAGGAGACCUCAGAGAGGCGACAGGGGGCAGGGCUUCCUGUGGAAAAGGGCUGGACGGCGGCGGCAGCCUCUUGCCUGGCUCUGCGGGGCUUUCCUCCCGGCAAGGGCUUUGCCGAGGUCACUCGCGCGAGGCCGCUCUUGGCGCGCCCGUGGGAGGCUCGGUGGCGUGGGAGGACCAGCGACCUGCGGAUUCCUCGAGCUCCCACGGCGCUGGCAGCGACGGUCCCCCACCCCCACCCCUAUCCCCAGGCUUCCACCAGAAGGCUCCGCAAGACUCACGGACCUCCAAGUCCCCAGGCCGGGGAGCGUCAUGUCCACCUUUGAAGACGCUGAUACAGAGGAGACGGUCACUUGUCUCCAGAUGACCAUUUACCAUCCUGGCCAACAAAGUGGGAUAUUUAAAUCAAUAAGGUUUUGCAGCAAAGAGAAGUUUCCUUCCAUUGAAGUGGUGAAAUUUGGACGCAAUUCCAACAUGUGCCAGUAUACGUUUCAGGACAAACAGGUGUCCCGAAUUCAGUUUGUUUUACAGCCGUUUAAACAGUUCAACAGCUCCGUUCUCUCGUUUGAAAUAAAAAACAUGAGCAAGAAAACCAGUUUGAUGGUAGACAACCAGGAGCUCGGCUACCUCAAUAAAAUGGACCUGCCUUACAAGUGUAUGCUCAGGUUCGGAGAGUAUCAGUUCCUGUUGCAGAAGGAAGACGGAGAGUCGGUGGAAUCUUUUGAGACUCAAUUUAUCAUGUCUUCAAGACCUCUCUUGCAAGAAAACAACUGGCCAACACAGAAUCCCAUACCAGAGGAUGGGAUGUAUUCUUCAUACUUCACCCACAGAAGUUCUCCUUCAGAAAUGGAUGAAAACGAACUGUGAAGAGGGUCCAACUGGAGACACAUUGAAGGAUGAGGACACAUGGGUCGGAUGUCAAGAGACAUCCUACUUCCGAGUUUGUGAGUGUAGCGUAGCGCGGCUGUCCUCAUGCUGACUUUCGUUUUGGUAAUAGCAUUUGGAAGUCUCUAGACUGUGUUAAUCAUCAACUUAGUCAACUGAGUUUCGGCUCUACAAAGAAUUAAGUGUACAUCUGUAAGGGUUGGUGCAUCAGACACGUCUUCUGGGUAAUGAGGUCACCCUUGUUGCUUUUCUGCAUGAUGUUACCCCCAUGCUUUGUCUUGGUGGCAGCCAUCUCUUGGCCCGGUCACAUCAUUUCGUAGCAGCCUUUGUUUUUCAGGUUUAGAGCUCGGGCAGAUUGCUCACUGGUGUCUGUGGCGUGCUAGCGCUUGUAGAACUAGAGUCCUGGAAUAAGUUCUAGAGUGCUGAGUCACUGAGUCACCAUGGCUUCCUUAUGGAAAGACUUGGGAAAUAGCUCCUUGAUUUUCUUUCUGUGGAACGGUAGUGUCGCUUUCCUAUAUGUAGGACCUACAACAAACAUUUAAAGAACACUGAGAUGAAGAUGGUUUUCUUACAAUAUUGAAAGUGAAUUUUAUGUAUCUCACAGAUUUAAAAAUGGCAGAAAUCAAAACUUUUAACAGCCUCUUUGCACAUGAUAAAGCCGGAGCCCAGUUCCUUAGUUGCUUCUUUGGAACUUCUUAAAGGAAAACAUGUAUUCUUAAAGGAAAACAUCUAUUCUUAGGCUGCCCUAUAGAAGUCAGUACCUGUGAAUAUUUAUAUUAAAUGCUUAAUUAUUUCUAAAAUUUUAGUUUCACAUAAAGUUGUAUUUAUUUAAAAGAUUCUCAUUCACUUCAUUUUGGCUAGAUUAAGAUGAAUGUUAGUGAACAUUAUGUAAAAGAGGAUGAAAGCCAUUAAGUUAAGAUAAAUUCUAGCAUUACUAGUAAGUAAGGCACCCUGUAUAGCUUCCUCUGUAAAUGAAAUUUAAUGCUGUAACAGGUACAGGAUUUUGGGUAGGGGAGGAGGUCAGGUGGGGGAAGUUAGCCACAUUCAUAUUUUGUUUUUGUUUUUGUUUUUGUUUUUGUUUUUGUUUUCCAACAAUAGCUUGCUUUGAAGCUCAGGCUGGCUUGGAACUCUUGAUCCUCAUACAUCGGCCCCCUGAAUGCUGUGCCUAGCUUAAUGUAACUGUAUUUCUGCAACAGCCCUUUGAAAUUAUUUCUAAUAAACUGUUUGGCCUAGUACCAUG